GGGUUUCCGCGUCCGGGUCGCAGCGGCUCCUCCAAGAGGUGAGGCUUGGCGCCGGGGCGGGCCCAGCCGAGCGGCGGCAGCAGCAGCGUCUGGCCUGGCACGGAGAAGGAGGAGGACGCCGCGGCCACCACCAUGGCCUCGUGGCGCUGGCAUCGCUGCUGCUGCUCCUGCGCGGCUGCCCGGGCGACGGGGCUGGCUGGCCCUUGGCGGACGCUGAAUGGCCGGAGGCCGCCGGCCCUGGGAGCCGCCGCCGGCGCCGCGCCCCUGCAGGAGGCUGCGACAUCUGAUUUUCUAGGCAGAAGUUCAGCUGUCUCCUUUCAAAAAAUACAUAGUAUAUUUUGGCGGUUUCAUCACUUUUCAGCACAAGCGCACAGCUGUGGUAAAGUGGUUAGUGAUGAAAAAUAUAAGGAUCCUUUUAAACUCGGAAGGAAAGACUUGAAACAUCUCUAUGAGGAUAUUAAAAAGGAAUUACGGGUAUCUACAGCAGAACUUAAGGAAAUGUGUGAAUAUUACUUUGAUGGAAAAGGAAAAGCCUUCCGACCAAUGAUUGUGGUGCUAAUGGCUAGGGCAUGCAACUUUCAUCAUAACAACUCUGGGGAGGUGCAGGCAAGCCAACGCUCCAUAGCUGUAAUUGCCGAAAUGAUCCAUACAGCUACUCUAGUUCAUGAUGAUGUCAUCGAUGAUGCAAAUUCACGAAGAGGAAAACUGACAGUUAAUCAAAUCUGGGGGGAAAGGAAGGCAGUCCUAGCUGGUGACUUCAUUCUUUCGGCAGCAUCUUUAGCUUUAGCACGUAUUGGAAACACAACCAUUGUUUCAGUGUUAACACAGGUGAUUGAAGAUCUGGUGCGUGGUGAAUUUCUUCAAUUGGGUUCCAAAGAAAAUGAAAACGAGAGAUUUGCUCACUACCUCGAGAAAACCUUUAAGAAGACAGCAAGUCUCAUAGCAAACAGCUGUAAAGCAGUUUCCAUCCUGGCCUGCCCUGAUCCUAAAGUUCAUGAGAUUGCAUAUCAAUAUGGAAAAAACGUUGGGAUAGCAUUUCAGUUAAUAGAUGAUGUGCUGGAUUUUUCUUCAUGUUCUGAUCAGCUGGGGAAGCCAACAUCGGCAGACCUUAAGCUUGGAAUAGCCACGGGGCCAGUCUUAUUUGCUUGUCAGCAGUUUCCAGAAAUUAAUGCCAUGAUAAUGAGGCGAUUCAGUUUGCCUGGAGAUGUCGAACGUGCUCGGGAAUAUGUAUUGCAGAGUGAUGGUGUACAACAAACAACCUACCUCGCCCAACGUUACUGCCACAAGGCAAUGACAGAGAUCAGCAAGCUCAGACCAUCCCCUGAAAGAGAUGCCCUCGUUCAGCUGGCUGAAAUUGUACUUUCCCGAGACAAGUGACACAGUUCCAUCUACUCAUUCUGGCAGCUAUUACCAGACUGUGCCUAAAACUACACUUCAGAACAUCUUGGUCUGCUUCCAGUGCAGUUAAGAUUUUUUUUUUUAAAGAAAUCAUCCUUUCCCCCACCUCUGAAAUAAAUUAACUUGUUUAUGAAGUAAAACAUUAUUGAAGGAAGCCAUACAAAAUGCUGAAGCAAGACCAGUCUGUUUAAAGUGGUACCAAUGCCUUGUGACUACUUUGAGUGAAGGGAUUUCUUGUUUUAGGUGGGCAUUGUUUACAUUGUUCAAUAUUGACACCCAAGGCCACAAUGAGAAUAAAUACAAUCAAUGUGUUGAAAUCA